CCUCUCUGCAUGCUGCAGUACUACCGCCUGCUGGGCGUGUGCCGCAUCCCACAGCUGGGCAAGGACCGUCUGGAGCUACCAAUCAUGCGUCCAGAAGGGGAGCAGGAGGAACUGGUUGUCGUGGCUUGCAGGAACUAUUUCUACCCCAUCCCAGUGAAAGCUGCCGACCGCGGACGCCUGACCCCUGGCGAGAUUCAAGCACAGCUCCUGAUGGCCAUGGUGGACGCAGCAGGGGCCCCGCCGGCGCCCCGUGUGGGGCUCCUAUCUUCCCUGCCAAGGGACGCCUGGGCCAGAGCGAGGGACAUACUCUGUGAGGACGAGACCAACCGUCACAACAUGGAGCUGAUCUCCCGCGCGCUGUGCAUCGUGUGCCUCGACGAGGCCGGCGGGGACAGAGCUGACGCUGACGCUGACACCAACGCGUUCUUACGAGCCAUGCAUGGAGCAGGGACUAAGCAUCACUCUGCUAACCGCUGGUUUGAUAAGACUGUCCAGCUGAUCAUAUCAUCCGACGGCACCGUGGGUAUGUGCUACGAGCACAGCGCGGCCGAAGGCGUGGCGGUGGUUCGUCUGGCCGAGCGGGCGCUGGCUCGGGCUGCGGUGGCGGCCCGGCCUGCCCCGCCGCUGGCCCUGCUGCCCGCUCCGCAGGCCAUGAAGUGGAUCCUCACGACUGAUGUUGAGAGGAUGAUUGAGCAAGCUGGGAGGGAGAUUGAUCGCAACAUCUCGGACCUGGAUGUGAAAGUGUACACGUACAAGGGCUACGGGCGGGAGUACAUGAAGAGCUGCCGCACCAGCCCGGACGUCUACAUUCAGCUCGCCAUGCAGUAUGCCUACUUUAAAAUGUACGGACACCUGGUGUCCACUUACGAAUCAGCUUCCCUCCGCCGCUUCCUCGAAGGCCGAGUGGACAACAUCCGCUCAGCCCACCUCCCCGCCCUGGCCUGGGCCAAGGCCAUGUGUGCUGACGAGACCCCGCCCCUCUCCGAGGCUGAUGACAGCCAGAAAAAGGUGUCUUUUAAUUUAUAUGGGGAACAGAAGAAACUAGAGCUCUUCGAUGAAGCAGCGAAGAAGCAGACCGCCAUAAUGGAAGCCAACAUCCUGGGCCGGGGCAUCGACAACCAUCUCCUAGGGCUGCGGGAGACGGCGCGGGCCCAGGGUCCGCUCCCGGAGCUGUUCACUGAUCCCACGUACAAGCUGAUGAACGAGUUUAAGCUGAGCACUAGUCAGGUGGCCACCACCGCUGACGGCACGUUCAUGGGCUACGGAGCUGUCGUCCCCGACGGGUACGGCGUCUGCUACAACCCCAAGAAGGACUCCAUCAUCUUCUGCAUCUCGUCCUUCGUGUCGUCCAGCGUCACCAACACGGAGGCCUACAGGCAGUCGCUGGAGGAGGCACUGGACUCCAUGAAGCUGAUGUUCCAGCAUCGGCAGACCUAAACCUCAACAUUUGCGUCGUGGCCUGUCAUCAAUACAAAGGCUUUGUGUCGGCAGGUAUGAGGUGGAGUCAAAAGGGUGAUGAGGAACACCACACCAGGAGGUAUUUGGUAAUGUAAACUAAUUUUAAAGAAUUGAAGGUGGGUCAAGAUUUUGUGUACUGGAAAACAGGAUGAUAUGUUUGUGGUUAGGAGCUAAACGGGUUAUAAACUAAUCUCACUGUAGGCAAAAAAGUUUAAAAAUGUACAAAAACAUCUUUCGCAGUAAUAUUUCGAGGGGUUUCUUCCUUGAUUAUGCGCCUACCAAAUUAUCCAGAGAAAAAGAGUAAGUAGCCGCAAUGUAUAGACAUGUUCGUUGAAUGCACGACGUUUUGAUUAAUAUCAUCAAAUUAUUAUAAUAUCAAAUAAAUUAAGCAAAGUAAAAAAAAUAACCUCGUAAAUUAGUAAUCAGUGUCUGGUUUGUCAUUAUAUUGGAGAAGUAUUAAAAAGGAUAUGAAAAAUAUAUAAAAUAAACGUUGGUCGCUUUCCAAGCGAUAUUUUGAAUGUUUAUGAACAGUUUACGAAAUAUAUAAUCAACUUUAUCCCGUAUGUAAUACGCACAUUAAGUAGUUGUAAGAAACGUAAUUGAAGGGUAAGGAAACUAAAACAUAUCAAAAAUAAUGUCCUAAAAUGUAGCUGUAAAUGUUCGACUUUAAAGCUUACAAUUUGUAUGUAAAAUGUUUUAGUCGUAUGAUCUCGUUCAAUUUGUUAAAUAUGUAUUAUAAUCCAAAUAUAUUUAGUAAAUAAGUAAAGUUAUCCGAAUAUAUUAUAUUAUAUUUAAAUGGAAAUCAUCAAAACAGUAGUAUUUAUUUGGGAAUAAUUAAAAAAAUAUAUAAAAAUUAAAUACUAACUUAUGUUAGCCGCUUUUUAAGCGAUGUUUUGAAAGUUUAAAAAUAUCAUUAUUAUAAGUUACAAAAUGUUCAAUUUGUUUCCGUAUUUAAUACGCACAUUGUGUAGAUGUACGAGUAAGAAACGAUUAAUACGAUUAAGUAACGAAAACAUAUCAAAAAAAUUGUCCUUAUAAAAAAUCUUAUAAAUGUUCUGACGCUUACAACUUUUAUGUAAAAUGUUUUAGUCGUAAAAUCUAGUCAAUUUGUGGAAUGCAAAUUCCAAAUAUACUUAGUGAAUAAGUAGACUAUAUACGAAUCUAGUGUUUAAUCUUUAAAUGCAAAUUAUAUACCAAAGCCACAGUAGAAUUAAUUUGAUAUGUUUAUCUUUCAGGAUAAAAAAAGUAUUUAUUGAAUAAAAAAAAAAUUAGAAAUGUUUUAGGUGUAUUUUAUACUCAAAUAUAUUGUUAAUUGCCUUUAGAUGCACGUGCUACGUAUUGUUUAUUACGGGUAAAAUAUUUUAUUGAGAAACUAAGUUGAUAUCAAAGAUUGUUUAACAUAAAACGUAGGUAUACCUACUAUAUUAUAUAACAUACUAUGUGACAUUCGAUGCACAUAUUAUUUAUUGUGAAAAAUGUGUUUCCCAUAGUUACUAGAUUGUUUAAAUUAUACAUUUGUUGUCCCCUAAAAAAACUUAUAUUAAUAUUUAAUAAAAAAAAACGAUUAAACUUAGAUUUAAGGCUAUAUGAUCCAUUUUAUUAUCUUUUAUAUGUGUGGCUGCAAUAAAAAACUAAUAAGCCUUUGAUAUUGUGUAUUACACGCACAUGUGCUUUAAAAAAACCUUUAUUUUCAUAUACCUAUUCCACCCAUUAUUAUUUAUUUAAAAUACUUAAAAUUUUACAAUAAUAUAUUUACAUACAAGUGGGAAAAAUAGGUAAUUCGCAAACGGGUGGCGAUAAAUUAAAACAUGACCGAAAUACCUACCUUACAACAUGUUAAAAUUAUAAUUUUUAAUGGAAUUGUGUAACUAUAUCUUAUUACGUUAAAUUGUGAUAUUUACGCCAUCAAUAUUCUUUUUAUCAGGGUUAUAAUUUACUUAUUUAAUAUGUUAGUAUUUAAUAAAAUAAUGAGGAUUAAAACCUAAUAUCCUUAUCCUUAUCCUCGUAAGGCUUACGGUCCUACCCAUAGUACUUAUUAAGUUCGAUGAAAUUUUAAUAACCUAUCAAAAAAGAGAGCUUCAAUUUAUUUUCUUCCGUUCAAUUAAUAAACAAAGAUUUUUAAACUACUCUAUAUCCUUUAACUUGGUUUUAAUUUCUUGUACGGCCUGGGUCUUACGAGGUUAUGGAUAAUUUACCAACUCAGAUUAAAUGUUAAAUAGAAAAUGCAAUUAAAUGUUAAUCGUAGUUCUAACUUAGUAAUUGUAAGGCAACUUAUACAUAUCAAAUGUCAACGAUCAUGUGAGACAUGACCAAGAAUAUCAAAAACAUAUCAAUUUGUAGUCGUAAGUGAAACGGAUACAUAUCAAAAUGUCCUGAUAUAAUAAUUGUAGGUGUAAGUGAAUGUUAAGAAUAGUUCUAUAAUCAUACGAUAGAUGUCUCUUGCUGUUCACCAAGAGUAAGUGCACAACGCCACCUUGUGUCAAGUAGAGUAACAAAAAAGUAAUUGUAUUAGAUUAUUAUACGACAUAAUCUCAUUUUUUAUUGUUUAUUACGAGUGUUAUCAAAUAAAAAUCAAUAUUUUAACAAUAUUUUGUGAUGCGAUCGAGUCUGUUUUAUUACCUAUAGAUACCGUAUUUUCUUAAUGAUAAUGUUAUUUUUGUGAUUUAUAUUUUUGAUGAACAAAUAUGUACCUAUGCUAUUAGUAUUAUUUUAUUAUGAGUUGUUAUAAGUGAUAGGUGAAAUGAUUGUUGGGUAUAGCAAAACAUUAUGACACUAAAAAAUCCAUGUCCACGAAUAUAGACCAGUAGCGGCAUCUGUUGGAAAGUAGGGAUACCCGCUUAAAGCUUAGUUUGCAUUACUCCCGUAUUGAUUUUUUUACCGUAGUGGAAUAAGAUUGGUAGUAUAAGUAAUUACCCGAUCCUGAAAUUCUAGAAGGUAUUUGAAAUAUAUUCUACGUGUCUAUUUUACCUAACAAGAACAAAAUAGAAUUGAAUAUACUUUAAAGAAAAUUAAUCUGAAAAUGCGUCUGUAAUCGAGUUCCGAGGAAUCGUACCGUAAAACCAUCAUCAUCGUCAGUAGUUGGGAGCUUUUGGACUACAGUCGGUUAACGGUAGGGAAAUUCCGCUUGCCUGUGUUUAAUGCACGGCGCUUCCUCAGUCAAAAAACUUUCAAACUCGUACGCAAAAAUACGUUUGUAAAAUCAUUAAAAUGUCUUAGGAUGGUAUACUACCUGUCCAAUUUUUUUGUCCAAUGUCAGUGCAUCUCACUUUCUCAUUAAAGCAAAAUGAUAUUAAAUAGAAAUAUAUCACUUGUUGAUUGUUCGUUAGUUAUAGAACUAGUUUAUUAGUGUGGUAGAGUCAACAGCAGAUGUACCUACACUACACAAGCCAGAUGUUCAAAAUGACCGAUACACUUUCUGUGUUAAUAAUUAAGGUAUGUUCAGAUCAUUCUAACUAAGGGUGGUUUAGUUACAUUUGUUGCUGACUAAUGCCAUUAACUGGCAAAAACACGGAGCAUUUUGUUGUUGUGCGCCUUAAAAGACAAUAGUUAUUUGUACAACAAGAGAUCAAAGUUUGAUAUUUCUUCGAGUGCUUAUUUUGAGUCCCGUGCAAGCGAAAGAUUCUAUAAUAGAUUCACGAGCGUAGCGAGUGAAUCUAAUUUAGAAUCUUGAGCGUAGUAAGGGAUUCAAAAGCGCACGAGAUGUAAAUAACUUUGAUCUCGUGUAGUACACAAAAUUUUUCGCCCUAAGCAGUGAGAACAUACCUAGAGGGACAGAGAUAAUAGAACCCAAGUAUAUCGAACUUGUAUUAGACCCCGCAUGUUGAAAUGACAUUUGACUAUAAAGGUCACUUGAAUGACAUUUUGUCUCACUCAGUGAGCAAAAUGCGAUUUUACUCACUCAUUUUGUCUCACUCAGUGAGCAAAACGCGAUUUUGCUCACUGAGUGAGACAAAAUGACUCAGUGAGCAAAAUCGCAUUUUGCUCACUGUUUUUAAGAAGCAAAGUACCCUUGUUCGAGCUGCUGAGGUGAAAAAUAUACUUAACAAGUUUUUUUUCGUGGAAGUUUUUAAUUACGUAGGCGCUUAGGCGCUCACUCUCGGCGCUCAGAGGGGCUACCGCGAAAACCAAAAUUCGCAAAUUGCGGGGAUCUUUCUCUUUUACACCAAUGAAGGCGUAAUUAGAGUGACAGAGAAAAAUGCCCGCAAUUUGCGAACUUCGAUUUUCGCGGUUAUAGGCCAGUAGGUAUGUACAGUCGCCAUCAGAUAUAUCGGAGCAGCUAAGGCGCUCACAAAUAUCUGAACACGCCUCUAUUGUCAAGGCGUUAGAGUGCGUGUUCAGAUAUUGUGAACACCUUGGCCGCUCUGAUAUAUCUGAUGGCGACUGUAGGUACCUACUAAACGAUAGAGUGAUCGUGUGAAUUAUCAGAAAAUGCAUUUAAAUUUGUGACUAUGAUGUCUAUGAUAAUUAACAAAGUAUGUGGCAUGUGGCCAUACUUGCCAAGGCUAAGGUUUGAAAAACAUCCUGCAUUUACGGACAUUUUUACAAUAUUAAUAGUAAAUACAUAGAAGUACAAUAUCCCAUGAAUAUGUAAGAGUAGCAACAAAAUUCUCCGCGGUCGUGUCGUAUAGACUCGUAUAUCAAAAAGCUUGAAAUAUAAUUGUUAGAUUUGUUAGGCUUUACUGUAGAUUCCAUAUUGGAUGAUCAGUCAUACCAUUGAUAAUUAUAAGUGUAUUCUGUACAUUUUGUAACCUAAUUUUGGUAAUCCGGACCCGACCGAUACGAGCUUCAAACCUUCAUGAAAAGAGCGUAUUCGCAGGUACACGCUUUUAAAUUUCUUAAUUUCCGGGAAAGUCAUUCGACUCGCACCCCUCUGAUGUUGCAAAGUGGCAAUGAGUGACGAUAACCAGGCGAUUCGUCAGCUCGAAUGCCUCAUUAUAUCAUUAAAAAAAAAACAAAGUAUGAGCAAAUGCGACGUGUAAUGAGAUGAGGCUCGUGGCGUUUUACGAAGGUUGCCAGUCUUCUGUAUUCACUAGUAUCUGGUAUACGGGUUACAAAAUGUCAGAUCGUCUAUCCGACUGUUCCUUAGUCUAGCUAAGUUCACCAGUACCUGUGCGUUAGCGGUAGGGGAGACUGGGGACGGUUGUUAAAUGUAAUAAAGUGAUUACUACUACUAAAUGUUAUGAUGUUUCAACUCUUAUUUUUGUUCUUUGAUAACCAAAGGUUGUCUAGUAAGCUUUGUGGCACAUAUUUAAUUGAAACAACCAAUAUAUCUAAAAUAAGUUAACUAAGACUGUUAACUGUACCUACAUCGGUGAACCUUAUGCCUUUUGUAAUAAGGUCCACUGAUAUAGAUAGGAAUGUUGCUGUUUGUACUCUACGGAGUCAAAAUACUACGGUUAUAAAAUAAGAAAGUUCAUGCCUACCUAUUAUUUGCAGUUUAAUGUUCUAGGGAAGCAAGUGUCCCCAGUUUCCUCUAAGCGACUAGCAUUUCUGUUAGCGCAAGUAACUAAGCAUAUCAGUAGAUUGUAUGUCCAAUGUCAAUUGAAUGUUGCUCUCAAUAAAUAUUAUUAACGAA